AUGUGCCAGGCGGCGCGGCCCCGCAGAGAAGAGGCGGCUGCUAGCAAAGGCGCUUCCCAGAGCGUGACGCGCGGACUCCCCUCCCCGUGGCCCGCCCGCCGGCCCGCCUCGCCGCCGCCUCCUUCGCUCCCUCAGCGCGGGCCAGCGGCCGGGGCGGAGGCCCGGGGGCGUCGCGGCGCCGAGAGGGCGGGCGGGCUUCGGAGCGCCGGGCGGCCCGGGUCCGCGGCCGGUCGGUGCGCGGCGGGCGGGCGGGCGGGCGGGCGGCGGGCGCUGGUCUAUAUGGCGGCGGCUCUGUCGGGCCUGGCUGUCCGGCUCUCGCGCUCGGCCGCCGCCCGUUCCUAUGGGGUCUUCUGCAAGGGACUGACCCGCACGCUGCUCAUCUUCUUCGACCUGGCCUGGCGGUUGCGCAUCAACUUCCCCUACCUCUACAUCGUGGCUUCCAUGAUGCUCAACGUCCGUCUGCAGGUUCACAUUGAGAUCCAUUGAACCUUCCUCGGACUGGCAGGUGUGUCCCGGGGCUCAGGGCACCAGCGAACACACAGCAUGAGGGACGGAAGGGGACUCUUGGUGCCCGCCUCACAGCGGAGAAGGGAGCGGGCGGUGAUUCAGACAGACUACUGUGUGGACUUGAGCCAACGCAGGAGAGCCCUGGGCCAUCCGGUACAACUUCCAGGGUGAGUAAGCCUGCGGUUGCUGCAGAUGGAAGUUUACAGAAUGGGGAGAUAUCACUGGAAAUGGAGAAGGAUCUGAGUGCGGGCAGCCUUCUGCUUCGCAGUGGCAGCAGAGCACUUCCACGUGGGCACAAACCAACAAGGGGAAAUUCAGCUUCAGCAGCUGCUCAGCGUGAGACUGUGGGUUUGCUCUUUGCUCCUCUGGAGGAGUGUUUUGCUGGGGUGUCCUGUGGUGCCGGGGACGCCCAGAUGAAGGACCGCCUGCGAGGAGGGCCCCGGGCCUCCGACAGCUGCAGAGCUCGGAGCCGCCGAGGGGAGCCUCGGGAGUCAGGACUACCAUGCCACCCGAAGCCGUCAGAACCCAGCGUUUCUGAGGAUGAGCCACCAAGGGCUCUGCUGGAGAGGCCGGGCUCGGAGUUGCAGCCGCCUUGCCUGCGUUCCGUCCUGUCUGCGCUGCCACACGCACAUCCUCACGUGUUCUUGAAUGAUGAGAAAAAAUGCGUUUCCCCUGGCCAUGCAAAGCCCAUGUUUUCGGAGCCAACAGUAGAAUACAAGAGAAUGCUUUCAUGUGUAAUAAGUACCUCAGAUGGUCUGCAGAUAACACUGGCCUUACUGGCUCCACAAGCCUUUGAAUUAGUGAAUCUGUUAUGCCACAGUUAAGGUACAGGCAGAACAAUAAAAAUAGAUUAAUUUUAAAAGUUGUCCUAGAAUGAUUUCUUUCGCAUUAAGUCUGGAUGCAAACGGUGCAGCCGUGAAGCUCCUGCUUUGGUUUGUAUGUCCAGACAGACUUAAAGUAAGUAGAAUUUAAACUCGUGGGAAGCGUAGGGAAGGAGAUCGUUGAGUUUUAAAUUGUGCAUGAAAGACACUGAGGAUUGGGCAGCCGUUCAAGGAGAAUCUUGAUAUAUCCUGUAUAAACAUCAGGUUAGAACUGAAAGACAGAACCAAGUUUUUAAUACUCUUUGAACACCCAUAUUCUCAAGGGCUACUGUUCCCGAUCCUGUCUCUCCGACCGUCUCCGACCAGCUAAUGGAAAUAGAUGUUUUUAAAGUCUUCUCCUCGGCACUUGCUCUGAGCCAGGCUGAGUUGAUGGUAAGCUGUUACCACUUCUGAAUUUUGUCAAAUAAUUUUGGUCAGCAAAAUCUGAUUGCUCUUCUCACAUCCCUUUCCUUCCACUGGAAAUGCAAUUUAAACGGAGGCCCUAUGGUGAAAGUUGCAAUAUUAACCUAACUUUAGAUAACCCUUUCUCAAACCGGGACCCCUAGCAGUGUUAUUCGAAGUGAAAAUGAGCUUGAGCCCACCUGCCGGAGCUCAGUUCCAGAGAGGCCAAUCAAGGACUUCCCUUCCGGAAGGAUUCCGGUUUCUAGGAGUCAAGGUCUCUCUUACACUGAGGUUUUUCUGAGAUAACUCCUUUUGUUGUUAGUUGCUACCUUUGAUAAAAGGCACUUAAGAGUGUAAGUUUUUAAGGAAUCCCAAAGUAAGACUUAACCAUUUUCGGAAUUAUCGAUUGCAUAUAUAUAUAUAUAUCAGUUUAUAUUGUGUGCUAAAGUACCAUGCUGUGUGCUAUUUUAUUGUUUUGGCAAAAUGAAAAAUAAAUCCUGUUCUUUAGCAUAAUAAAUGUCUUAUUUUACCUGUGUA